AGCGCUGAGCCGCUCGCCCCGCGCCGCCGCCGCCGCCGCCGCGGCUGAGCAUCGCCCCGGUGCCGGGGAGGGCGGCGGAGGGAGGACGGGAAGGGGACGAGAAGGGACGAAGGGAAGGCGGCGGCGGCGCCCCGGCCGCGCCCGUGCGGGGAUGUGAAUGGCGCUGGAGGUGCUCGGCGGGACCGACAUGGAGUGGGAGAAGCUGCCGCGGCGGCCCGGGGAGGGCGAAGGGGAGGCGGCGGGGCCGUGGCUGGGCUGCGGGCGGCUGCGGCCCUCCUCGUACCGGGCGCUGCGCAGCGCCGUCUCCACCCUGGCGCGCAUCGACGACUUCUACUGCGAGAAGAUCGGCGCCGGCUUCUUCUCCGAGGUCUUCAAGGUACGGCACCGCCAGUCGGGGCAGGUCAUGGUGCUGAAGAUGAACAAGCUGACCAGCAACAGGGGCAACAUGCUGCGGGAGGUGCAGCUGAUGAACCGCCUCUCGCACCCCAACAUCCUCAGGUUCAUGGGGGUGUGCGUGCACCAAGGACAACUGCAUGCGCUGACGGAGUACAUCAACGGUGGGAACCUGGAGCAGCUGCUGGACAGCCCCGUGCCCCUCUCCUGGUCCAUGCGUGUCAAGCUGGCCCUCGACAUCGCCCGUGGCCUGCGCUACCUGCACUCCAAGGGCAUCUUCCACCGUGACCUCACCUCCAAGAACUGCCUUGUGCGCUGCGAGGCCAAUGGCUACACGGCAGUGGUGGGUGACUUCGGCUUGGCAGAGAAGAUCCCCAACUACAGCGAAGGCAGCGAGAAGGAGCCGCUGGCUGUGGUGGGCUCCCCGUACUGGAUGGCGCCUGAGGUGCUCCGAGGGGAGAUCUACAACGAGAAGGCUGAUGUGUUUGCGUACGGUAUCAUCCUGUGCGAGACCAUCGCUCGUGUCCCUGCUGACCCCGACUACCUGCCCCGCACUGAGGAUUUUGGUCUGGAUGUCACCACCUUCCGCACCAUGGUGGGCAUCGACUGCCCGGCGGCCUUUCUCCAGCUCGCUUUCCACUGCUGCAGUAUGGAGCCCACCUCCCGCCCCUCAUUCCUGGAAAUCACACAGUGCCUGGAGGGCAUCCUGCAUCACCAGCUGGGUGUUGAGGACACUGGGGACACCGUCUUCAGCAUUGGGGAGAGCCUGCCCAUGCCUGCGACAGCAGCCACACUUACUGGUAGGUGGGCACCCUGGGGACAGGCCAUGGGGCGCAGCCUGUCACUUGGGGUGCACCUCUGUGUUGUUGGGUGCCCAGCACCCCAUAGCACGCCACACGCCUCUGGUGACCCGCUCCCGUGCUCACAUCCAGGGGUAUCCAAGAGGGCAGCCAGCCACUCCGAGCAGUCACCCCUGCGCGAGCUGGGGACGCAGCACCUACAGCCGCAGGACCAGCGCCUGUCCCGCAGCCAGUCUGACGUGUUCCCCCCGAAAUCACCCACCCUGCUGCAGCCGCUGGAGCCUUACAGCGGGGCCAGGACCAAGGAGACGUCCCCCCGCAUCAACCCCUUCUCCCAGCGCGAGGACCUCAAGGGGGGCAAGAUCAAGCUCUUCGACACGCCGAGCAAGUCUGUCAUCUCCCUCACGUUCGACCUGCCCCCCCCUGCACCGCUGCAGCUCAGCACCCCCGUGACCCCCGAGCCCGCCGUGGAGGUGCAGUGUGACUUCUCGGCCCCCACCGCUGCCCCCCGCAAGUGCCACUCGCUGCCCACCUCCCCCGAGCUGCCCCGCAGGGGGGGGCUGGAGCUGGAGAUGGGGUCCCCCCACCCCACUGGUGACCUCCAGCCCCCAGCUCUCCUUCCACCUCCAGCUCGGGGACGAUCGUCUCCCCCCAGCGCCAGGCCAUUGGAGCGGAUGGACUGCAGCCCCGACAGCCCUCACCCCCCGCCGCUCCCCGUGUUACCCCCUAACAACAACUUCAUCCGCACGGCAUCCUCGGGAGCCCGGCUCUGGCAGCCGGAGCCACGGGCCCCCGACAGGCUCCUCUUCAACAACAACCACGUGGUGAUCAGUAAACCCCUUGCAUGGGGCAGUGAGUUGGAGCACGGCUUCUCCGAGCUCAGCAUCCCCUGUGCGGCGGCGAUGGAGAGGACGGACCGUGCGGCCAUACUGCCUGGGCACGGCUCCGGUGCUGUGCUGGAGCAGGAUGAGGUGCUGCCUUGUCCUGGGUGCUGCCUGACACUCUUCAGCUUCAGCUUCCUCUCUGUCUGCCACCGGCCGGCACCCAGCCCACCCCACUACCAGAACCUCAACUGUGAGUCCAAGAGCCUCUUCUGCCACCAGAAAGCCGCAGGGCCGGUGCUGGCGGAGCCCAGUCUGAAGCUGCCAGAGGCAUAGACCUAGUACCGGGGUUCCCGGGGAGCGGGGCUGCGUCCGGCUGCCCCACAGAUCCCUUGGCACAGGAGCCUGCUGUGUCCCCAUGGUCUGCCCUCACUGGCUCAGUGCUUGGUGGCCACCAGUGGCUGCAGUGCCCCAUGCCAUGGCUACUCUGGUGCCACUGAGGAGCUCGGGCACCCAUCCCACCUGGAUGGUUCUCGGGGGUCUAUGGGGAGCUGUGGGGUGGGCUGGGUCCCUGCUGGGGACUGAAGUGCAAUAACACCCCCAGCCCUGAGCGUGCUCCAGCACUGUGUGGGUGGCAGGGCUGGUGCCCCGUGGGGCUCAAACCCUGUGUGCAGGACCCCCCCUUCCCCAAGGGCUCACCCCUCUGCGGGCUCUUGUGGAGGGGUGCACAGCAAGCCUGCUCCCCUGGGAGAACUGGGAGCUCCUGUACCCAGGGGGGGUGAGCAGGGCUGGGGGAAGAGGGGUCGGGGUGUGUAUGUGUGUGUGUGUUGGGGGACCUUGUGGGGCUGGGGGAUGUCCCCAUGCUUCCCUACAAGUGUGGGGAGCACAGCCGCCCCCUGACACAGGGAGAGGCUAGCAGGAGAGGGGCAACGCACAUGGAGCAGUGCACGGGGAUGAUUUGCCAGCACUGGGGUUGCCCCUGCCUGCCCUAUGCUGGGGUUGGGUGCUGAGCCAGCACAGCACCCACUGUCCCCCCAGCACAUAGGGUUGGGAGCAGGGUGCUGGCAGAGGGGGGAAGGAGCUGCCCAGCCCCUGGCAAGGGUGGGAGCCAGCUUUCCUUCCUCCCGCACAAUGCACUGGUGAAUGCUGAACUCGUGGGUUUUAUUACUAUUAAUAAUAAUAAUAAUUGCUAGUAAUAUAUACCCGGCUUAUUUAAAGUGUUCAAUAAAAAAAAUGAAUGUCCUAGAAACUCUGGCUCCUG